AUGGCUACACCAGAUCACCUGUUCAACCUCCGUAACAACUUCUACCUCGGCGCCUACCAAGCCGCCAUCAACAGCAGCGAAGUUAACGGCCUCUCUCAAGACGACGUCGUCGAGCGCGACACUCUCGUCUACCGCUGCUACAUCGCACUCGGUCAGUUACAGUUCGUUAUCUCUGAAAUCAACGAUUCCGCUCCUACACCUCUUCAGGCCGUUAAAUUGCUCGCUCUCUAUUUCUCAUCUCCCGAUUCCAAGGAAUCCGCGAUCUCUAGUAUCAAAGAAUGGCUCGCUGAUCCUGCUAUUGGAAACAACGCUACCCUGAGACUUGUUGCUGGAAUUAUCUUUUUGCAUGAACAAGAUUUCAACGAGGCUCUUAAAUAUACUAAUGCUGGUGGAACCAUGGAACUGACUGCCUUGAAUGUCCAAAUCUUCAUUAAGAUGCACAGGUCUGAUUAUGCUGAGAGACAGCUUAGGAUUAUGCAGCAGAUCGACGAGGAUCACACACUCACUCAACUUGCUAACGCAUGGCUUGAUUUAUCUGUGGGAGGGUCAAAGAUCCAGGAGGCACAUUUGAUCUUCCAAGAUUUGUCUGAGAGAUAUCAGUCUACUAGUUUGCUUUUGAAUGGCAAGGCUGUUUGUUGCAUGCAAAUGGGUAACUUUGAUGAAGCUGAGACUCUUUUGGUUGAAGCACUCAACAAGGAUGCCAGGGAUCCAGAAACACUGGCCAAUCUAGUUGUAUGUUGUCUUCACCUUGGCAAACCAUCUUCUAAAUCAUUCAGUCAGCUGAAACUUUCGCACCCAGAUCAUGUACUGGUGAAGAGAGUAUCAGCAGCUGAAGAAAGCUUUGAUAGAGCGCUACAAUCUGUUUCAUGA